AACAAAUGACCCUAUUCGUGAUGUUUUCCCGGGCGACAUCGGGGUCUGGGGAACUCUUCAACAAGGGCGCAGGAGCACAGUCCAAUCAAUUCGACUCUCGCCCAACGUUUGCCCAGCUCCAGCUCCAAACAUCCUGACACUCCCACUCACAUCCCAUCUCAUACCAUCCCAUCCUACCUAUCCUGUUCAACCCUCGGUUCCACACUCAGAGAGAGCGACAAGGGCGCAUGAGAAAAAUGACGAGUGAAAGCAUGUUUCAAUGUAAGCAUUUCUCUCAAUCCCUCUUCUCUUUGCUUCAUCGAUCCGUCCUUCUUUUGAUUUGUGUUGUGGAAGAAGAGUCAAGUCUGUCUUGUUGAACUUGUUCCAUAUAUAUAUAUAUAUACACUACCUCCCUACCUCAUACGCUUCUUUACAUGUGCAGUGUGUAGAGACACCCAUGUGAAACUGCCAGUCUUUCUUACAGGCGUUGCAUCAUACCCCCAAAAAGCGGCAUUAAACUGACUUUUUUCUCCUUUUCUUUAAACCUCGCAGUCAUGAGAGGCAAUGGGACAAAGUCUCUGACCAUCGUCAUCAAGCUUGGAACAAGCUCCAUUGUCGAUGAGAAGACCCACGAACCACUUCUUCCGAUUCUGACUCUCAUUGUUGAUACGGCUGUGAAGCUUCGCAAAGAUGGUCACAGGGUGGUCAUUGUUUCGUCCGGCGCUAUUGGUGUUGGUCUCCGGCGUAUGGACGUCGAGAAGCGACCUAAGCAUCUCGCACAGCUACAGGCUCUUGCAGCGAUCGGUCAAUGCCGCCUCAUGAGUCUCUGGGAUAGUUUGUUCACCCACCUCAGGCAGCCAAUUGCUCAGAUCCUCCUUACACGAAACGAUAUUGCAGACCGAACGAGAUACUUCAACGCCCAAAACACCUUCCAUGCCCUUUUGGAACAAGGCGUAAUCCCCAUUGUUAACGAAAACGACACUCUUGCCGUUUCCGAAAUUAAGUUCGGCGACAAUGAUACUCUCUCCGCCAUCACUGCCGCUAUGAUACACGCUGAUAUGCUGUUCUUGAUGACGGAUGUUGACUGUCUCUAUGACAAGAACCCCAGAACCAACCCGGAUGCUAAGCCUAUCGAGGUGGUCGAAGACAUCGCUGCACUACAGGCUGACGUAUCCAGUGCUGGUUCGUCCCUUGGAACAGGAGGCAUGAGCACCAAGAUUAUUGCUGCUAGGCUGGGCACUUCCGCUGGAGUCACGACUGUCAUUACGAGGUCUUCUAACCCGGGAAACGUGCUCAACAUUGUGCAGUAUCUACAGUCAAUACAAAAAGGGAACACUCCCCCCAGUCCAGAUGAGCGUGCUGAAGGCUUGUCACGAUCGGCAUCAGCUCUGACGCUCUCCAACUUAAAUGGCGCCCCUUGGCCCCCCUUACACACUCGCUUCAUCCCCGCCAACGAUCCCAUCAGGGACCGUCAUUUUUGGCUGCUUCACACUCCUCAUCCCCACGGCACCCUCUACAUCGACUCAGGCGCUUACAAGGCUCUUGUUGGCAAGGCGGGUCUGCUUCCGGUUGGCGUCAUUGAUGUCGAGGGCAACUUUGCCCAACAGGAGGUGGUGCGUCUCGUGGCAGUCAAGCGGCGAUCAACCCCUGGGCCUGAUGGCAAAAUGUGGGAGGGCACUCCUGAAGAAGUCGGCCGAGCUCUGGUCAACUAUGCCGCCGCUGAGAUCGCGCGGAUCAAGGGCAAGCAGAGCGUUGAGAUUGAGAAGAUCCUUGGCUAUGCUGAUAGUGAGUAUGUCGCUCACAGACAGCAUGUCGGUUUCUUUAAGAGAGACAGCAGGCCAGUGAGUCCAGCUCGAGAGAUAAACGGUGCGGUAAUGGAAUAGGCAGGCAAAGAGAUGGCUUCGAAAAUGGACAAAAUGGGGUUAAGCGAAUACAUUUCAACAUAUACAGCGCUUUGAUGACGAUGACGAUGAUGAUAUCUACCAAUCUACCAAAUAACCCAAGCAUGGUUGACUUGGCCACAAGUUUCUUUUCCCUCCUCACUCUCAACGCCAAAGAAUGAAUGAUUAAAAUAGCCCCAACGCCAGACGAAGUAAACCAUACUGCUCUCUACCCCGUCGCAAACAAGUUGUCUUCGUCACGGAGGUACUCUCCACAGUCGGCCUGUCUGAAACAAGUGACACCGGUGGGAUCCAAUCUUCGGGCCUCGGCAGUACUGCGGGCAGUGACACCAAACCCGAGCGGUGUAUCGUUCAUGCUGUAGACAACAACUCCUUGGUGUUCGGGGCAGUCCUCUGACCAACGACCGACAUGCGCCUUGACGAUGUUGCUGCCGUAUAGGAAGGGCAUGGUUCCGUUUUCCUUAACCCAAAUCUUGUAGCGGGCGUGCUCGGCGAUGAUGGGAAGGGCUGUGAUGUGCAGGCGGAACUUGCCAGACUUUGUGAAUUUGCCUGUAAAAUUUGAAGGUUAGCUAGAGAAUAUUGCGACAUACAUCAAUGCAAAGACAUACCAAGACAAGUUCCUAGAGAGAG